AUGGGGUACGAAGAUGAGGUGGGAACUCGUGAGGGUCUGGAAGAAGAGAUCAAGAAGAUCAGAGCGGACUUUGAUGAGGCCUCCUUGACCCGGGUUGACCUUGAGGCUCGUCUAGACAGCAUCAAGUCAGAGAUCGAGUUCUUGAAGGAAGUGUACGCUGCUGAACUCGAGGCCAUGAACGCCCAGAUCCUGGACUCCACCAUGAUCGAGCUGGAGCCGACCAGUGCCCCGGAUGUUGACCUUGACUCCUGCCUGGCAGAGGUCAAGGCUCAGUACGAGCAGCUCACGCGCAUGAGCAAGGCGGAAGCAGAGAGCUGGUAUGCGACCAAGUUUGAGGACUUGCAGAGGAGCUCCGGGAAGAACAGCAACGACCUCGCAGACGCGCGCGCGGAGCUGUCCAGGUACCAGAACCAGAUCGCCAGGCUACAGUCUGAGAUCGAACAGAUGAAGAACAGGAACCGCCAACUGGAAGAGCAGCUGAAGAACGUUGAAGAGGGCGGAGCGAAGAAGCUUGCCGACAAGCAGAAGGAGAUUGAUGAGCUGGAGGCCGAGCUGCAGCGUCUGCGCGGUGAGAUCAGCAAGCAGAUGCGGGAGUACCAGGAACUGCACAACGUCAAGAUGGCGCUGGACGUGGAGAUCGCCGCCUACAGGAAGCUGCUGGAGAACGAGGAGGACAGGCUGGGUCACUUUGACUUUUCAAGCAUGAGUUCCUCCCUGAGCAUCGGCGGCGGCGGUGGUGGUGGCAUGUCCCAGACCAAGAGCAUGAGUCAGACUGUCAGCAGCAGCGCUGCAGGCGGUGGUGCCGGUGGUGCCUCCUCCGGCUACGGUGACAUGCAUGCUGGGAGUGAAGUCACACUGACCAUCGAGAGCCAGGACAUCAUGGGCAUCCUGGCGGGAAAGAGCUUCUAUCUCAUCUACCGCAAGGAUGAUCUGGUCCUGCAGGCGGCUGGCGGCAAGGGCUCCGAGAUCAACGUGGCCAAGAGGUCCUACCCCGAGAAGAAGGAGCAGCUGUGGUCUUUCAGCCGCGACAGGAUCAUCAACGAGGCCAACAACCUGGCCCUGGAGGUGAAGGGAGACAAGGUGAUCGUUGCUGACCAGGCCUCAGGCGGAAACAAGGCCCAGGAGUGGGACAUUAAGGGAGAUGGAUUCAUUGGCUCCAAGUCAAGCAGCAAGGUCCUGGACGUGAAGUCGAAAUCUAAGGUGGUGCUGAACAACAGGCACGACGAUGCUGUGUGGGACCUGGAGAUUCACGGUCUUGCCUCCGCCGAGACCCUCCGGUACUGAGACACAACGAGUGGUGACGAUGCCAACAACAAAAAGCGAGGAUGAUUCCAACACUAAGUCCUGCAAAGCCUUAAGAAAAAGAAUUUCAUUCAGUGGCAGGGAAGAUGCCGCCUUAAGAGAAAAGUAGAUCUCCAAAAACACUCGCAUUCUAUCUUUUAAUCCAUUUAUUUUCUAUGCUCAUUCGGUGUCUACUUUCAAAAAGGUGAUCGGCAAAGCUUUUAUUGUCUAAAAUCUAUUGUAAGGCAAAGAUUAAUAAAUAUAUUAUGCAAAUUAGCUACAGAACUUAACAAGUUACACGAAUGCAUAGAUUCUUUCAACGGCUUUGUCUGUCUUAAGUUUCGACUCUAGCAGUUGAUACAAAACUACCAAAAAAAAAGAGGACCAUAGUCGGUGACAGUGUAUUUGAUUACUCUUUCAAGACACUAUUUUGUAACGCCCACAAGGCUUUUGACUCGCUGAUUUGAAUGCAAUGCUUCUAUGCACCGAAGUAACUUACUGAUGCAAUGUAACGCUCCUUGGUACCACAAUUAGCACAGCUAUUUUAACUGUAAGAAAGGCGUAUGAAUCGGUUUGGUACCUUGUGUAGGAUUUAAUAACAUGAUGAUGUUUAAGAUGUAUGGUAAUGUUUACGAUGUGUUUUAUGUAUGGGGCGGCUUUGGUGUAAGACUACUAGAAUGUAAUAGCUGUUUGACUUGUUGCUGUAUGAAGCUCUAACGGGAAAAAGGAUUUCGCAUCGGGUGCUCAUUCAAUAAAGGCAACACUUUCUACAGA